AGUGGAUCACUUAUACUGACACAACUGUUUUGGAUCAUCCUCUCACACCCCCUUUUUCUCUCUCUCUCUAGUAUAUAUAUAUCACACUACCGACUGUUUUUAUUCUAGUGACAUCUGUGCCCUUCUACCUCUCUCUCCUCCAUACAAUUAUGUGUGUAGAGACACAGCUUUCUUUAUUCCAUUAGAUCUGAAAAAGACCAGUUACCCAACCUCAUACAUCAUUUUGCUAAUUCCCAAUCACCCUCUCUUUGAUGAGGAUCACAGGUGCCCAUCAAACACCCAAGAUCUUCCCUUCUUUCCUUCCUUCCUUCAACUUAUCUUCCUCAUGCAUGAAAUCAUUCAAUUGGUGAGUAUCUUUGCCUCUGCAAAAGGAAACUGAAAAACCUUUCCCACCCCACAACUCCUUAAUUUUCUUCAUCUCUCACCACUUUUUCUCUCUCUCAAACCAUGUCACCCGAUGAGACACCACCUUCAAAGCCCGCCACAACAAAGGACCACGAGACUCAAGGUUCUGGUGGGAGGAAAAGCUCCUCCACAAGGCCUCAAGAGCAAGGUCUGAAGUGUCCACGUUGUGACUCACCCAACACCAAAUUCUGCUACUACAACAACUACAGCCUCACGCAGCCUAGGCACUUCUGCAAGACGUGUAGAAGAUACUGGACAAAAGGAGGUGCUUUGCGUAACGUCCCUAUUGGUGGUGGAUGCAGGAAGAACAAGAAGGUGAAGUCAUCAAGGCUCUCAUGUGACUCCAAGGACUCUGGUUCCUCCUCUUCAGACCUAGGUGGCCUCAAGUUCCUUCACACUCUCUCUCCCUCCAUGGACUUUCACCUUGGUGGCUUACCCUUCCCUAGGCUGCACCAUCACCCUCCAACUCCAACUCCAACCACUUAUAACCAUUUCUCUUCUUUUGGUGACACUUCUAGUGCCUCUUCAUGUUUCAACCUUGACCCUUCUCCUGGCACCUCAAAUUCUUUGGCUGCAAUGAACUACCCCUUUUCUUACAAUGGUGCAGUCCAAGGCAUGAGCUCUAUGAACGUUCACAGUCACACUAGCCUUGCUUCCUCCAUCGAGUCUUUGAGUUCCAUAAACCAGGACUUGCACUGGAAGCUGCAGCAGCAGCGUUUGGCAAUGCUGUUUGGAGGAGAUAGCAGCCAGAAAGAUAGCGUUAAUAACCAGGUUGAGAACCAGACACAGAAGCCCCAACCCAUUAUGUUUCAGAAUCUUGAGAUUUCAAAGCCAGGCAUUAAUUUCCAAGUUGGGAACUCAAGAAAAGAACAAGGUCCAAGUGGGGACACGCCAUCAACCGAGUGGUUCUUUGGGAAUUCUUAUGCCUCGGUGGCUCCUACAGCUACUACUACUACUACAAACAGUAGCGGUGGCCCAGGGAAUGAUAAUGUGAGCAAUUGGGGUAGCGGUGUUCAUGCUUGGGGUGAUGUGCCGCAGCAAUAUAGCGCUUUGCCCUAGCUAGAUGUGAAGCACGAGGAAGGAUAUGAUAUGAUAAAGAUUAAAGAAGAGGACUAAGAGGUAGAGUGGUAGAUCUUUUCUUUAUAACUUUUGGAAGAAAUUAAUAGGCCAACUCUGAUAUUAAUUGUCUUAAACUCUUUAGGUAUAUGGUAGUUAUGUCACUCACUCACUCUUGUUCUUUACGUUGCCUUCAAACGAACAUAUAUGUAAUGUAACAGAUGGGAAAGUUACGUUAAGACCAUAAUGUGUUCAUAUACUCUUCGAUUUCAGCUAGAUGCUCAUCAAUUGUCUAAAUUCUUAUUUCUUAAUUAAUAUUGGAUGGUACGUUGUGUGCCCUUCAUUACUUUGCUCCAUUAUUGCAGAUCAA